GCAACAACCUGUUACCAGAAUUAGAGCUUGGGGAGUUUAGUACGUACAAUGCAGAGCAGCUGAUUAGUUUCAUGGAACGAUACCCGUUUUUGUAAUACGUCUUCAUUUUUAGACUGUUAAUCUAAAGUAGAACUGAAUUAAUUGGAAUAUUGCAUGCACGAAGCAAUAGCUGCAUCUGGCUGGGACGUUGAUAAUGAUUAAUCCGAUUAGCAACCAGAUACUGACAAGAAUAACUUCUUCAUUUUUCUAUGAUCUAAUCUAACAGCUCAGUGUAAUUAACAUUCAACCCAUCUUACACCACAGCAUCCCACAACAUAUACAAUAAAAUACAACUAUUGAAUAUGGAUCUCAGCAUCGUAAAAGAAAUUGUAAUACUUUUCCUCUUUUUUAUUGUCCUAUUUUGCGUAUUUGUACCUGUAAAAUUUGCUGCGAGUGCUGCUGAAAGUGGCGUCGACAUUUUUCAUUUGGACAGAUAUGCGUCAAUUGUUAGUAUUUUGAACUGCUAUGCUGCUGGGAUUUUUUUAGGCACAUGCCUUCUUCACUUAUUUCCUGAUGUACAGGACAAUGUGAAUCAGGCAAUGCAACAAAUCGAUCCGGACAAUAAAUUUCCCUUUGCUAAUUUUACUAUUGCUAUUGGGUUUUUUAUGCUAUUAACGAUAGAGCAGAUAAUUUCUGAUAUUAGAGAACGGAAUUUUUCUCUAUCACGACCUGAAGCGUUACCCAUAUUGGGAGAAUCUCGUAUAACGGAUGAUGAUGACACGCCGAGUGAAAUUGUAAAUCAUGGUCAAAAUCAGACGAUUAGAGCAUUAGCAAUGACUACAGCAUUAAUUAUACAUUCCACAUUUGAAGGGAUCGCAAUUGGUGUUCAAAAUACAGUGGAGAACGUGUUACAGAUUACAGGGGCCUUGGUAUUACAUAAAAUAGUCAUCUCAUUUAGUCUAGGACUGACUCUAUCUCAGAGUCCUUUGAGCACAAUAAAGUCAGCAAUUUGUGGGGUGAUAUUUGCACUUUCUUCUCCGGUUGGAAUAGGAAUUGGACUUUUAUUGACCAACUUGGAGACUCUCAACGGCUCUCUCGUCGUUGGGUCUUUACAAGGGUUCGCAGCAGGGACCUUUCUAUAUGUUGUAUUCUUGGAAGUAUUGCCCAACGAAUUUAGAUCGGGUCAUCUCCACCUGCCAAAACUUCUUAGUUUCAUUUUAGGAUUUAGUACGAUUUGUGGUGUCAUAUUCUUAUUUCCUGACUAAUGAAAUGACAUGCAUUUUUUAAAUAAUAAUAUCGAACUAUUAAAAUUAUAAUAGUACUAUUAUGCGCCUGCGGUAAGUUAUUAGUAGUGCGUUCUCUGGUAUACAUACUCCAGAAUCUGGAGUACAUACGUAUGUAUAAAUCCAUGUUAUACAGUCAAUGGAAAAACGACUAAAAAUAUUAAUUCUUUGUGAAUAUGAAUUAUCAUAAUGUAUUAAUAAUAAUUGUUUUGUAAUGCGCUUUUAUAAAUUCAAUAAUGUGAUACGUUAUUUUAUGCGUUGGUACACAUGUUGAAAAAGUACACAUAAUUAUUUACUCGACCUAAAUAAAUUUUUAUUUUUUGCUAUUUUA